UCCGCUUAAAGCGCCAGCAGGAUGUAUCAUCACGGGCUGCACCAGGCAAUUUAGUGCUUAUGUAUGAAUGUUAAUUUACAAAAGUGCACGGCGGAGUUAUUGUCUGUGAUCCCGUUUACCUAAAUUAUGUGAGGUUAUCAAUAUUUAUAUUAUUCCCACGAGAAAAGGCGCAACUCCUGCUCUCUCUGCAGUUCACUCCAAAAACUCAAUUGAGCUGUCAUCACGUCGCUGCAAGGUUUACCGAUGGGGUUGCAUGCAUGGAUUUGACUGCGGACUGAGCUGGUGAUCUCGUUGACUAGAAACUCUCUCACUUCAGGACCAUGUUUCAGAGCAUGGCACUGGCCUGGCUCCAGUCUCACCUCCCCUGUGCUAAACCGACCAGUAUCACCAAUACCAACCAUCAGCGCGCUGCCAGAAGAGCUUGCUGAACAGAACUGUGUGGAGAGCCAUGCUGUCUGGGACUUGGCGGCGUUCGAUGGGACCCCAGCAGCCUGCUACAGCACCUGUGGUGACCCCCAGAAGCAUGACAGUGUGUGGGGUCCCCAGCGGUACGGUGGUCCUCGAGGCCCAGUAUGACUACAGCUACCGCGGCGCUGAUGGGCGGCAGGUCUGCAUCAGGGAGGGCGAACGGUUUAUUCUACUGAAAAAGACCAACAAUGACUGGUGGCAGGUGCGGCGGAUCGGGGCGGCCAGCAAAACAAAGCCACUGUAUGUUCCCGCUACGUAUGUGACAGAGGUGCCCAUUGCACCGAUGCCCUCGCCGCAGCGCCUGGUCGUGUCUGCCUCGCUGAACUCCAACCUCAGGACACAGCCAAGACUGUCACUCUCUCCCAGCCCAAAAGAGACAACCUAUAAUAACCAGCGUCAAGUGAACAAACCCAUCUUCCGCUCCAUGGAAAACCUCAACUCCAACAGUGCCUUCCAGGGGCUGCACAACAACACCAGCAGGGGUGGAGGCCGCUUCCCCACCCUGCCCCUCUGGUCUGGUUUCACCCUAAUCCCUAACACUCCCACCUCCCCGUCAGGCCACCUCAUGGUCCCUGGGUGCCCUGCAGCUUCCACGGCAUCAAAAACAGCACCGCCAAACCCCAGGGCGGUCCCCAUGAUCACUCGGAGCCAGAGCUCCAGCAACCUGCCUGAAAGCCUGAUGGAGAACCCGUACGACGAGGUGGGCGGCGGCUUCAGCAGUCGCGUCAACCACAGGAUGCCCAAGAAGUCGUGUAGCCAGUGGGACAUGGUGGGAGCCUCCGGCAAGAAAACCCAUCUGCAGGUCCCAACUGAAUCCUAUCUGUCCCAGCUGUCCUGGCAGCACUCCCCUCUUUACACUGAAAUGCAGCCAGAGAGACGUCUGUCGCAGCUGGAGCCCCCUAGCCCUGCCCCGGCUCAGCAGCCUCUCCAGGUCAUGGAUCUGUGGGAGCAGUAUUCGGACCUGCCCACAGGGAGAUGCUACUACGUCAAUAGCAUCACCAAGGAGAAGUCUUGGAAACCCCCUCGCCGGGCUCGUGGACGCAACCCUGACAGACAGGCCGGUCCAGUACACACUCAGACGUUAACCAGAGAAACCAGCCAUCUGUUGCUACCACUUCCUGAAGCAGGCAAUGGAACAAUGAACAGGCUGUCACCUGAUUUCCUCUUCGGGUCCCACCAGAGGAACACUGGCAGUGGCUGGCAGAUGAAACAGAGCAUGCAGCACGCCGCCUCCUCUGACACCCUAAGCACAAUGGUGUUCAGCCACGCCGAUGCCCAGCACCAUAACUCUGCCGCCCUGCAUGAUGUCAAGCAGCAGCUCAGCCACUCUCAAUCUAUGAUCCUGCCUGAGAACGGCAAGCUGGUCCAGCAGUGCAGAGAUUACUCCUGUAAUGUGACCAACAUUGUCGUGGAGCCUCCGUCUCCUGAGAGCUCUCCAGACAGCGAUGGUUGCACACCGGAGUUGGAGAAAGCCGGCCUCUUGAACAAGACAAAGAUUGCAGAAGGAGGCCGGAAACUGAGGAAAAAUUGGAGUCCCUCCUGGGUGGUGUUGGUCGGAAACAGUCUGGUUUUCUUCAAAGAUCCUAAAUCACAGACACCUUCCAGCUGGAAACCAGGAAACAGUCGCCCUGAGAGCAGUGUGGAUUUAAGAGGAGCACAGCUGCACUGGGCCAAAGACCUGUCCAGCAAGAAGAACGUCUUCAAGCUGAGGACUGUAACAGGCAACGAGUUCCUGCUGCAGUCAGAGACGGACUCUCUCAUCAAAGAGUGGUACAGCACCAUCCAGAACGUCAUCGACAGGCUUGACCGCGAAAACCCGUUAGACAAUGUCCUCCUGUACUCUCUGAGGCGAGCGGGCAGCGUGGAGAUGCUGGAACACAGCGGAGACGAGGAUGACAGGAGAACGUCUCUCCCUCGCUCGUCAUCCAACCUGGAGAACACGGAGAGGAAGAGAGUGAAGACCCGGCUGAAGAAGCUGAUCCUAAAGAGACCUCCUCUGCAGGCGCUGCAGGAGAAAGGGCUCAUUAAAGAUCAGGUGUUUGGCUGUCGCCUGGAGAUGCUCUGUGAGAGAGAGAAGAGCACCGUCCCUCGCUUCGUCAAACUUUGCACUGAGGCUGUGGAGAGGAGAGGACUGGACACUGACGGCCUCUACAGAGUGUCAGGGAACCUGGCAGUGAUUCAGAAACUGCGCUUCCUGGUGGACCAUGAGCGAGCGGUGACGACAGACGGACGUUACAUGUUCCCGGCGGAGUUUGUACAAGAGGAGAAGCUGAAUUUGGACCAGAGUGAAUGGGAGGACAUUCAUGUCAUCACGGGAGCUUUGAAACUUUUCUUUCGCGAACUUCCUGAGCCCCUCGUGCCCUUCGGCUUCUUCACCGACAUCGUGGAGACAGUCAAGAUGUCCGACUACAUGGACAAAGUGGAUCGUUUGAAGUGUCUGGUGCUCAGCAUGCCUCCUCCGAACCAUGACACGCUGCAGUUCAUGUGUUGUCAUCUCAAACGAGUGUUGGAGCAUUCAGGCAUCAACCGAAUGACCACCCAGAACAUCGGCAUUGUGUUCGGGCCGACCCUGAUGCGUCCAGAGCGGGACAACGGCAACAUGGCGGUGAAUAUGGUUUACCAGAACCAAGCGGUGGAACUCAUCCUCAGCGAGUUUGACCACAUCUUUGGAACAAGAGGCCCCUCUUGAUCUCUUUCGGACAGAGGAGGGGAGGUUGGGGGGGAUUCAAAAAACUCCUCCACAUCCGACAAAAGCACAAGUAGUGCAGCGUUUGUCCUCUUUGCCUGUUGACUCAUGUGGUGUAAAAUGGGUUCCACAUCAAAAGAUAAUUACGGGGUAAAAAGAACCAGGACAGAAAGCUGCUAAUCAUGGCAUCUGGCCUCCAUAUAAAGCCAUGUUAGAACAAUAAUAGUAAAAUAAACCAAUUUUAGCUGCAAUACUUGUGUUUUUUACUGCAGAUGUGGAGUGCAGCCCCGGUGUUCUUAACUGCUGGAGCAGACGCCUCCAUGUCACUCUUCCUUGAUGUUUCAGACUCGAUCAGGAUAAAUAAAAGCCAUAAAAGUGAUUAAUCUCCUCCAGCAAGCUGAGUAUUAAUCAGAUAUUUGAGGAAGGAUGUGUCUUAACGUGACACUGAAACAAAACUCGGCAGAACCGUCUCACUGUGAAAACACGUGCACCGGCACCUCCUGCAGAAAGACUGGACAGAUCCCACCUGCAGAGGAUACUGUCAAAUAUGCAAACAAGCAGGAAGCAAGCUGGGCGUGUAAAUGUGACCACAUCGCUGCUGAAACUAUACAGUGUUUCGAUGAAGAGUUUGUACAUGUAUGUAAAGAUAAAAAGCAUGAUUUCAGUGCCAACAGGGCAGCAAAUGUUCCUUUGUACCAAACAGUACGAUGUAGUGAGUGUGGACCUUUGAAGUUUCCCUUAUUGUACAAAUCUGGAUCUGUCUUCUAUUUUUAUUAGUUCAAACUCCUCAGAUUAAGUUAAAAAAAAAUGAAAUUGUAAAUAUGUGAAUUACUGUCCUUGUCAACUAGCACUUUGCAUACAGUGUGUAACCUGAACAUUAUAUAUUGGCCAAAUUCAAACUGAUACGUUUGCUAUUAAAUGAACAGUGUGUCGUGAAAGAUAUUGCUUGGACCCGAUUGUCAACUCUUCCUGCAAUAAAAGAAAAAUGUA